UUUAUGACGGUGCAGGUUUGUGUAUGCAUUUGGUGGGAGUGCUGACCAGUGGGCUAUGGGGGUGCGGUAUGUGGCGAUGUUGAUAAGUGUGUUAUAAGGUGGGCAGUGGAAAAGCUUCCAGGAUGUGCUGAAAGCCUCCUAAAAGAAACGAGACACACACCCCCCCACCCACCCACCCACCCCUCCACCGAACCUGUGGCCCACGGCUGCUCAAAGUGCAAAAGUGAGAACCUGGGCUCCGCGCAGCCAGACACCAUAGAUCUGCAUAAGCAGCGGAAGGAGGGUUACCACCUCGCAGACCACCCACCCACCUGCUCCGUCAGGCACCCUCUGUGGAAGGGUCUGUGGGUCCCUCAAUGGCCUCAGCAACCACCUCAAAACCAACAUCUGGAGUGGGAACAAGCCACCUUCAGUCCCACAGGACCACCUGAGAGGAAGACACGAUAGCGUGCAGUGUAUGAAGAAGGUGCCCUUGAGCUCCAGACCAACGACAUUGAAGAUCUGGACCAUAUUAAAACCCGUUUCUCGCUGCGAAGUCUCUCGGCACCGUCAGAGGAUGAGUGUUACAUCGUCGCCGGCAACACCGAUUCUCUGGCCAAGUGCAGCUUCAACACUAGCAGCAAGACUUUCUUCAUCAUCCAUGGGUGGAGUGUGAGUGGGAUGUUUGAGACCUGGAUUGAAAAGAUGGUCGUCGCUCUGUACCGGAGUGAGCCUGACGCUAACAUCCUCGUUGUGGAUUGGCUCAAUCGCGCUCACCAGCAUUAUCCAAUCGCAGCCCAGAAUACUCGGCUGGUUGGCCAAGACAUCGCCAAGCUCAUCAACUGGUUGGAGAAACGAGAGCGAACUCCAGCUAGCAAGAUGCACCUGAUUGGAUACAGCCUGGGUGCCCACGUGGCUGGCUUUGCAGGGAGUCGUGUCACCAACAAACUCGGCAGGAUUACAGGGCUGGACCCAGCGGGGCCAGUGUUUGAGGGGCUCCAUGCUCAGGAACGGCUUUCCCCUGACGAUGCCACUUUUGUUGAUGUUCUCCACACCUUCACCCGGGAGUCUCUGGGGAUGAGCAUUGGGAUUCGGCAGCCUGUGGGCCACGUUGACAUCUACCCAAAUGGAGGCAGCUUCCAGCCGGGCUGUGACCUACAGAAGGCCGUCAACAACAUUGCCAUGUACGGCAUUUACGCGUUCUCGGAAGCUGUAAAGUGUGAGCACGAGCGAUCGAUCCACCUCUUCAUCGACUCCCUGCUGCACGAAGACCAGCCAUGCAUCGCGUUCCGCUGCGGCAGCCACCAGUCCUUCGAAAAAGGGAUGUGUCUGAAUUGCCGCAAGAAUCGGUGCAACGCCCUGGGCUACAGCGUGACUCGGGUCCACACCAGGAGGGUCAGCAGGAUGUACCUGAAGACCAGGGCGGAGAUGCCUUUCCGAGUUUAUCACUAUCAGCUGAAGAUUCACUUCUCCAGCAGGAUUACCCACUUUGACAUUGACCCCACACUAUCUGUGUCUCUUCAUGGGACGAGGAAUGAUGUUGAGAACCUUCAGAUUGAAACAGUGGAGAGGUUUUCACCAAACAAGACCUAUUCCUUCCUGGUGGUAACCGAGGUCGACAUUGGGGACCUGUUGCUCAUAAAGUUCAGGUGGGAAUCAUCCCUCACCUGGAAUUCCCUGUGGAAAAGAAUGAAGAAUUCCAUUUCCUGGUACAAGCUGCCACUCUGGAGCACCUUGAUCAGUUCCGAUUCCGACAUUCAGAUCCGCAGGAUCCGGGUGAAGUCUGGAGAAACACAGAAAAAAAUGGUCUUCUGCUUGGAGGAUUCCUCGGCCAGUAUAGCCCCCUCUCAGGAAGUCAUCUUUGUGAGCUGCCCAGCCCGUCAGGAGUCGACACCCACCACGAGUCCCCGUGGUCAGGAGCACUGAGAGACGUUGCUGUGAGGAUGGACCGGACCACUGCAGGAACCGGCAUCAGCGGCAGUGGUUGUUCACAUGAUAACUCUCCCUUCAGGGCUCACGUUUACUUUUUGGGAUGGUAUUUAUUUGUAUAUAUUGUAAAGUCACUGUAAAUACCGUGUACAGUCGCUGCAUUAACCCAAUGAACUUGACUA